AUGGACCAAACUUUGGAAAACAUUUUUCAAAAACAACUCGAGACUAUGCAAAGAAUUGAACUAUUUCUUAACAUAUACAAAUGCAAAGCGUUCGUGGCGGAAGACUUGCGCGGAUUGAAGGAAGAAGUGGGUAGCGCGGCCGAGAAGUUAAAAAGCACCAAAGAAUAUCUAGAAAUCGAUCGCAAGGAUGUGUGUUCGCAGUUUAUUGAAAUAAUGCAGAAAAUGCGACGAAAUGAGCUGCUUAUGCUUCACCUGCUAGAAGUGGGAACAAACGUGGAACAAAAUGAAAAUGUUAAACCUGCUCUCCAGCCUUUCGGGUCGAAACAACCGAUGCCACUAAAGGAGCUUCAAAACGAAACGAAUCCCUCGAAAAUGCAUCUGCUGGAUUACUCCAAAUCUCCUUUCGCGUCACGUUCAAAACCAAGAAACAUUCACUUCUAUGACUUUGAGGCGGAAAUCACGGAGGAAGAGUUUGAAACGAUUCCCAAGUAUUUGAAGGGACGGAUGCAACUGUCCGAAUUGAAACAGUUUCUCGAGUGUGACGUCAUUAAAUGCUUUGAGGAAAAAUAUACGCUAAUGUACAAACAUCGCAAGGCUCUCGUAAAUCAGCAUGAUUUGAACAUUUGGAAGGAAUACAACAGCCAACAGGCCAACUUUCCCGACGAAAAAUUCAUCACGCAAGAAGACUUAUCUCGCAAAUCUGGUAAAGCUUUAGACAAGAAAAGCUAUGCAAAGCUUCAAAUGCUUCGACAUCUUCACAUUCUGCGAGAAGUGCGCUCGGAAGGCACAAUGUACUUCCUAUGGAUUUACAGCAAAUAAAACCAUUCUCAGAGGGCU